AAGGUUUUGUAUAUAAAGUCGAUUUCUUAGCAAAAUAAGGCACUUGAGUUGAGUCAAACGACGAUUAACAAGAUCAAAGAACAAUUUUCAAGAUGAAGUCUUGCGUAGUUAUGUUAUGCCUAAUACUGUGUUUAACACCGUUUGUAAUGACACAAUUACAAGCGCAUGUAUUGCCUUAUCCGGGCGAUUGCAGCAAAUAUCAACAAUGCGAUGCAAGUGGUUGCUUUGUGAUGAGUUGUGGUAGAGGAACAGAAUUUAAUCCGGCUAUAGGUACUUGUGAUUAUCCUUUGAGAGAUCGUUCGGGAUGUAGUAAUCGCGGAUAAAAAUUUUAGUUCACAAGACGUAGAAGAGAAACAGAAAUAUUUUUAUUUUGUUUGAACGUUUACAUGUUAUCACGUUGUGUAAAUAAAAUUAUAAUAUUAAUAGAUAAUA